CAAUUUUCAUCCAUUUCCUUUUCAAGAAUGUGGCGACCGACUCUAGUCCUCCUCCUCGUCAUCGCAGCAUGCAUGUCUUAUCCAGCCUCAUCCCCCGGUGGCCUUGAUGUGGAAAAGCUUGGAGCAGGUGGCAAGAAAUUCUUUAUGGAUAUGACUAAACAAGUAAUGGGUGUACCGUCGUUGAAACCCGAAAAUCUAGCCGCUCAAGCAUUCUUCCGCAAUUUCCUGAACAAGUACACAAAUCUUGAUGAGAAAGUAAAAAGGGACAUGGAGCAGCACAUUCCUACGGCCACAAAAAUCUUCAACAAUGCAGCCAAAAAAUUCAACAUCGAACCCAUGGAAGCGUUUAAGAUGCUGUCCACAUUCUUCGAAAACUUCAAAAAAGGUGCUACUGGUGACAUGGCCAAGCAAGGAGUGAAACUUGCCGGAAAGCUCCUUGGAGGAGGAAAGGGAAUCGGCAUAAAGGCGAAACGUCACGCUAAUCCGGAUCCAGUAAAUUGUGGAUGCAAUGAGAAAAAGCGAACGUACUAUGUCAAUCGCCCGAGAGAUCCGGAGCCCACAGUACCGAAUUCAUAA